CACACACACACACACACACACACUUUAAAAUAUAGAUCAGUCCAGGAAAUGUGGCGGUUUCCUCUCCUAAGAUGGCUCUGGUCACGGAACACAAUCGUCACGGCAACAACCCCUUCGGAAUCCUCGGCAGAUGGGGUCGGCACGACGACGGCGAGCGGAACGUGCUGGCCCUGAACGUUCUGUUGCUAGGUGGAAGGCAGAGUGGGAGGAGCUCUGUGGGCAACGCUCUGAUUGGCGGGGAAGAAUUCAAAACCGGAAACUGCAUCGCCGGCGUUUGCAUGACGACGGAGCACCAGCUGCUACGCCGAAAUUUCCCGCGGUAUUUCAGGAGAAAGGGGGCGGAGUCCGACCUCACCUUGAGAGUGUUGGACACGCCCCCUCCGUUUCCCCGCCCAAAGGCCGUGCACGAGCUCUGCCCCGAGGGCGUGCACGUACUUGUGCUCGUCGUGAGAGCUGACAUGCAUGACAACACACACCUUGAGGAGCAUGUGGAGAAUCUCUUCGGGCCAGAAUGGCGUCGUCAUGCUUUACUCGUUAUCACACACGCCGAUCACCUGAAGGACGCGGCGCUUCAGCCGUCAGACUAUCUAGCGCAGACCAGUGACUGGCUGAAAGCUCUGGCUGAAAAGGUGGGAGGCGGAGUCUCAUUCGUGGAGAACAGCUGUGAUUGGCCGUCAGUCAGAGGAAGACCGUUAAGAGACCGACUGCUAAGCCUCUCAGCGAGGAACCAUCACGCAGCUCUGACCGUCCGGACCGAGGUCUCACUCUAAAGAAAACCCACAAGCUUUUUGCUUUAAAAAUGAUCUUGCUUUUUUCUACUUGUCAGGUUAUGUGACUGCGCUACCUUUGUCCUUUUCCUCUGGCUGUAUGGUAAAUCAAACACCCAAGGAAACAGAUGCUUCUGGUUCAAAAUGUUUUAAUGAAGACUACUUUGUUAGCUAACGGCACGAUGUACUUACUGGCUAAGUGCUCAUCAGCAGCACAUUUGAAUUCUUUCUUUCUUGGCUUUUCAAAAUAAAAGAACUGUGGUUCACAUCAGCCUUUU